CAAUAUGAAGGAGGUGUGGGUUGUGGAUUGUGUGUUCGUCUUGGGGCUCGCUCUAGCGGCCUCUGUUCCAGCCUCCGUAAUUGCCUCCCCGUCCUCCUCCCCCUCCUCCUCCUCCUCCCCCUCCUCCUCUUCCUCCUCCGCGAGGCUGGACUGCCCCAGCCCUUGUGUGUGUGAAAUCCGCCCCUGGUUCUCCCCCAACUCCGUCUACAUGGAGGCCCCCACGGUGGACUGUAACGACCUGGGGCUUUUCGAGGUACCCGACAGGCUUCCCUCAGACACGCAGGUGGUGCUGCUGCAGACCAACAACAUUGCCAAGAUACAGCAGCCACUGGAUUACCUGGCGAACGUCACGGAGAUUGACCUGUCACAGAACAACCUGACGUCCCUGUCCGACGUGAACCUGGGCCAGCUGAGCCAGCUCCUCUCGCUGCAUCUGGAGGAGAAUUGGAUACCCUCGUUGCCUAACCAUGCACUCUCACACCUUCUCAGCCUGCAGGAGCUGUACCUGAACCACAACCUCAUCUCCUCCAUCUCCCCGGCGGCUUUUGCGGGUCUCCGAAGCCUCUUGCGGCUCCACCUUAACUCCAACCGCCUCCAGGCCAUCAGCAGCGAGUGGUUCGAGCACACCCCGAGCCUGGAGAUCCUCAUGAUCGGGGAGAACCCUGCGGUCAUCACCAUCCCCGACUUCACCUUCCGCCCGCUGGGCAGCCUGCGGAGCCUCGUGCUGACCCGGAUGAACCUGUCGCAGCUGUCUGUUGAUGCUUUGUCGGGCCUGGGCAACCUGGAAAGCAUCUCGUUCUAUGACAACGCAUUCCCAGAGGUUCCGCACAGGGCCCUGCGGCACCUCAGCAAUCUCAAGUUCCUGGAUCUGAACAAGAACCCGAUCGGACGGUUACAGAGGGGAGACUUUGUGGAUAUGCCACACCUGAAGGAGUUGGGCAUAAACAGCAUGCCUGAGCUGGUGUCUAUCGACGGCUAUGCCCUGGAUAACCUGCCAGAACUCACCAAGAUCGAGGCUACCAACAACCCCAAGCUGUCCUACAUCCACCCCAUGGCCUUCCACCGCUUACCGCGCUUGGAGACACUCAUGCUCAAUGGAAAUGCUUUGAGCGCCCUGCACCGUGUCACUGUUGAGUCGUUGCCAAACUUGCGGGAAGUCAGCAUGCACUCAAACCCGAUCCGCUGUGACUGCGUGGUGCGCUGGAUGAGCAUGAACCGGACCCGUGUGCGAUUCAUGGAACCGGACUCGCUGUACUGCACGGAGCCGCCUGAGUACGAGGGCCAGCGGGUUCGCCAGGUCCAUUUCCGCGAGAUGAUGGAGAUCUGCCUACCGCUCAUCUCACCCGAGAGCUUGCCGUCGAGACUCAGCAUCGCCAACGGGAGCGCCGUGUCGCUGCACUGUCGCGCCUUCGCCGAACCGGAGCCCGAGAUCUACUGGAUCACGCCGUCCGGCGUCCGUGUGCUCCCCAACUCAGUGUCGGAGAAGUACUACAUGCACCCCGAGGGGACGUUCGACAUCUAUGACAUCACCGAGAAGGAGGCCGGGCUGUAUACGUGCGUGGCGCACAACCUCAUAGGGGCCGACCUAAAGUCGGUGUCUGUGGAGGUAAAUGGAUAUUUCCCUCACGUGGAAAACGACUCGCUGAAUGUGGAUGUUAAGGCUGUGGAGUCCAACUCGGUUCUGGUGGCAUGGAAGGCGAGCCACGGCAGCCUGGCGCCCAACAUUAAAUGGUUCACCGUGUCUGGUGCCAAAAACCCGACCGUGGCAUUCACUGCGCGCGUCCCCUCCGAUGUCAAGGCGUACAACCUCACACACCUGUCACCGGCCACCCAGUACAAAGUGUGCGUGGAUGUCCCCAACAUACUCCACAAGCAGAGCUCCAGGUGCGUCAACGUCACGACGAAGGCAGUUGACCCGGCGAUGGCUGCCGCCAUGACGUCAUCCGUAUCAGCGGCCAUUUUGGCCAAGGAGCGUUGGGAGGGCGCAGUGAUCAACGUGUUUGCCGCUUUCCUUACUCUCGUCUCCAUCGCCAGCCUGUUCAUCUACGUGUCACUGCGCAACCAGCAGUUCUUCGGAGGGGACCUGCGGAAGUGUCACAGCGGUUCUAUGCCACACACAAACCUGGGACCCCCACCACAAUCAACUAAAGCACCCCUGCCAACGUCCAUGCCAACUCUCCUCCCACCACCCCAGGAAGCAGCACUUCAGUCCCCCUUCACCCGACUCUGGCUUGUGGGCAAGGGCAUGCCUGCCGCCGAAGAGGUCAGAGCUACAGUGGUCGACGUGUCAGACAACGCUUUCUAAAAAAAGAAAACAAACAAACAAACUAACAACAAAAAAACUUUCCGAAGAGAACAAACAAACAGAAAGGUGAUGUCGUUGUGUUGCUAUUACAAACAAACUUUCUCUCACACACAGCCACAGCCAAAAGGACAAGUCACUGAAGGACGAAGAGCAGCAGCUUAAUCGCUGUAAACUAUGCUCUGAAACAAACAAACAAACAAACAAACAAACAGACAAACAAAUGUCCCCUGUGUUUUUUUUGUGUCUUUGCAAACUUGACAUGAAAAAUGUGUUGCAACUGUACGCUUACCAUGAGCACUAUGAUUGGUGACAAGGAUGAAAUAACAAAGUAAGGGACGUAAAGCAGCAGUGGACACGUUGACCUCUGCUGUGGUGACCCCUUAUCCUUCAACCUUGGAACUCAGUCUAGGGGUCAAAAGAUGAAAAGAUCAAUGGGGUGUGACUUCACUGUUGCCUCCCAGACAAAAGUAAGAAGGGAGGCCAUUUUGACAAACCACAGGAAGUAGACUGUGUGUCUCUCUCUCUGUCGGACAGUAUCUCUCUUGG